CCUCCCUUUUCUUGUUUACAAAGCCAAACAGAGCUAAUAAGAUCCCAAAAAUAAAAUUUCUUGAAAUCGAAAACAAACUAGGUGUUUUUUUUGCUCUCUUUCAAAUCCACAUCGCCAUGACGAAGCAGCACGCCAACUGGUCGCCGUAUGACAACAAUGGAGGAACAUGUGUGGCCAUCGCUGGAUCGGAUUACUGCGUUAUCGCCGCCGAUACCCGGAUGUCUACCGGUUACAGUAUCCUUAGUCGCGAUUACUCAAAAUCCAUAAUCUGUAAAGCAGAUAAGGCUGUGCUUUCUUCCUCGGGAUUUCAGGCUGAUGUGAAAGCAUUGCAGAAGGUUCUCACAUCCAGACACAUGAUUUAUCAGCAUCAGCACAACAAGCAAAUGAGCUGUCCUGCAAUGGCCCAGCUUCUCUCUAACACGCUUUAUUACAAGCGGUUUUUCCCUUACUACGCCUUUAAUGUUCUAGGAGGGCUUGACGAGGAAGGGAAAGGGUGUGUCUUCACUUAUGACGCUGUUGGAUCAUAUGAGAAGGUUGGAUACAGUGCUCAAGGUUCUGGUUCCACACUCAUCAUGCCAUUCCUUGACAACCAGCUCAAGUCUCCAAGCCCACUUCUGCUACCUGCACAGGAUUCGAUUACACCCCUUUCAGAAGCUGAAGCAGUUGACCUGGUCAAAACUGUUUUCGCAUCUGCCACAGAGAGGGAUAUCUACACUGGGGACAAGCUCGAGAUUAUGGUUCUUAAGGCUGAUGGUGCAAGGAGGGAGGUCAUGGACCUGAGGAAAGAUUGAGCUACUAUCGUGCGUAUGAGUGUUGGAAACACUCUUCUUACCUCUGGUUUUCUUAUUCUCAACAUUAGGCUCCCUCGGUUAUCUUGAACUGCUCUGUGGGUUUUAUGUUUUGCUUAAUCAUGACUCAUGUCGGAGGUUUCUGCAAAAGUGUUUCCUCAUGUAUGAAUCACUCAAGUCCUUGUGUCAAACACUGUUUCUCUCAUUUAUGACAAUGUUUGUUUUUACAUAUGGCAUGUGCAUGAAUAUCAUCUUACACAUAACAGACUA